GGCUUCCAGAGGAAGAAAUGGUGUGGUUUCCCAGCGCCACCCCUCUCUGCGCGGGCGCGGCGAGUGGCACGUCCCAGGGCCGCAGCUUCCGCCGGCGCCGGUGGCUGGGCUCGCAGCUGCCCUUGGCCGCGGGGUCGUUGGAGCUUCCCGGGCUGCAGCACUUAAGAUGAACGUAAUUCAGAUUGUUCGUGACCACUGGGUACAUAUACUUGUGCCUAUGGGGUUUGUCCUUGGAUGUUACCUAGACAGAAAGAAUGAUGAAAAGCUAACUGCCUUCCGGAAUAAGAGUUUGUUGUUUAGAAGGGAAUUGAGACCCAAUGAAGAAGUCACCUGGAAGUAAAGGCUGUGACUAAAUUACAGAAUGUUCACAUUUUAAAAGUUAGGAGAGAAAUAAAAGCACAUUCAUUAUUUAAUAUGAAGUAUGAUUCUUUUUAGCUUAAAAAUAAAUAACUAUUGAGUA